CGAUACUCCCCAAGCUUCAGAUGCCAUCACUCACAUCAAUUCGCCUUUGUCUGGCUCACGAUGUUCUUAAGGACGAUUCCGCGCGUUGCACCGCGCAUAAGCGCACUCAGCCGAUGUCAAGCACAGCCGUCACUACACAGACUCACAAAGCUACCUACAAGAACAUGUAGCCCACUACCGCAGCAAUUGGGAAGGCGCUACCGCUCUUCGAUAAGUACACAGUUCAGAGAGCAAUACAGAAAAAGCCCUGUAUUGUUUCCCUUUGCAGUGGUCAUUCUUUCAGUGCUUUCUGGCAUGUGUCUAAUAUACCUUCCAUGGUACUAUAAGAAUGUUAUCAUAAAGCCAUACCACAAUUUUCCCGAACCGGUCGCGAAGAAGCUGCGUAAAGCCCUCUUCUACAGCCGUGGGAAAUGGCUCGAUAUCCGGGAAGCCAACAAGUACUUCCGCCAAGCUCUCGCGACGGCCGAUGAGCUGGGCAUGGACCCCUUCAGUGACGAGAUCAUGGGUGUCAAGUAUACAAUUGCGGCGUUGUUCGAGGACGCAGGAUACUACAGCCUGGCGACAGAUGUUCUUGAAAUUAUGAGGGCAGACACGCAGAAGUGGAUGGAUGAGUUCUCCCACAAGCACUGGAACGACGGAAACAGGAGCCGUGUGCUGAAGAACCUAGUCCAGAUCAACCUCAAGCUUGGUCAGCUGUACGACAUCAAGUAUGUCAACGAGCCACAGAACGGAGGCAAGAGGCUUGUGGAGGCAGUGGAGACCGCUUUUGCGGAGUCGCAAAGACGAGAGAAGAAUGGCUUAUACCAGGGAGAGGGCGAGUUCUUGACGAAUGAGGAGCUGGGCGGUGCGCUGGAAGCGCUUGGCUCACACUACGAAGAGUUCGGCCCUCGAUACCUUGCUACGCCGCUUUUCGUCAAGGCUUUGGAGCUGUGCCCGCCGAAGUCAUGUCACAGCAUCAUCUUGAUGAACAACAUCUCCACCUGCCUCAGCCAACAAAGCCCACCGUCGAGCAAGGACGCUCUUGCGCUCUCAUCCGCACCCACCGACUUCCCAGUCACCAACGCCCCACCGCGCGCCGUACUUAUCGAUCAAGCCCGCCAAUGGGCCACAAAGGCCCUCGCACACGCUGCCGCGAUACCCUCGACCGAUAAGACAGAAGAGUGCGACAUUGGCUGCGCGGUAGCUACACAUAACCUUGGAGAGUUCUAUGAGAUGGAAGGGAAUAUUAAGGAAGCGAGGCAGAAGUAUGAGGAAGCCGCGAGUCUGGCGAAGUCGAUGGGCUUCUCUGAGGGGCAGACGAACGCAAGAGCAGGGUUGAAGAGAUUAAAAGAGCUGGAGAAGAAGGCUUGAGAGAAGAUGAUUGAUACAAUAUAUGUAAAGACAGCGCAGAGAGCAUAGAAAGUGGAGAGGGUCAUCCAAGGCGUCG